AUGGCCACCAACAGCGUGACGUUGGCGUUCAACCCCGAGAACGUCAACCUCUCGACCGCCGACCCCAGAGAUGUCGUCUGCGCGCUCGCCGCCUCCGGCAACGAAUACAACGGCAAACUGGGCGCACGUAUCUCUGCGCUCUUCGUCAUCCUCGUCGUCUCGACGGCCGCGACCUUCUUCCCCGUCAUCGCCAAACGGUCCCCCCGCCUCCACAUCCCGCUGUACGUUUACCUCUUCGCGCGGUAUUUUGGCGCCGGCGUCAUCGUGGCCACCGCCUUCAUCCACCUUCUCGACCCGGCCUACGGCGAGAUCGGACCCAACACGUGCGUCGGCAUGACGGGCGCAUGGGCCGACUACUCGUGGUGUCCGGCCAUUGUGCUGACGAGCGUCGUCAUGAUCUUUCUGCUCGACUUUGGCGCCGAGCGCUAUGUCGAAGUCAAAUAUGGCUUCGAGAGCGACCCGGAUCUGCAGGAGGCAGUCACGGGCCAUGUCGACGGACACCCCAACGGCCAUGCGCAGCCCUCUCAGGACGCAGAAACAGGAGACGCCGCCGGUAUCGACGAGAGACGCAAGAUGAGCAUGUACGAGAAGCGGUUCUUGGAGGAUUUCGAAGAGCAGGACAGCGACGCCGACUCGGAGUACCGCAAGAACUCGUUCAGACAGCAGAUCGCGGCGUUUCUGAUCCUGGAGUUCGGUGUCAUCUUCCACUCUGUCGUGAUUGGGUUGAACCUCGGUGUCGUGGGAGACGAGUUCAAUACGUUGUACCCUGUGCUCGUGUUCCACCAGUCCUUUGAAGGUCUGGGUAUUGGCGCGAGGAUGUCGGCCAUCCCCUUCCGGAAAGGGAGCUGGUUGCCGUGGGCCCUGUGUACGGCUUAUGGCCUGACCACGCCCAUCGCCAUCGCCAUCGGUCUCGGUGUUCGAACGACGUACAACCCCAACAGUUUCACCGCGAACGUAGUCUCGGGAGUCUUGGACUCUAUGUCCGCCGGUAUUCUGAUCUAUACUGGCUUGGUGGAGUUGUUGGCCCGGGACUUCUUGUUCAAUCCCUUGCGCACGAAGGAUAACAAGAGGUUGGUGUUCAUGCUCAUCUGUGUCCUGCUCGGUGCUGGACUCAUGGCGUUGCUCGGAAAAUGGGCUUGA